AAAAGCAAACGAAGAAGAAGGGCGAUGUGAACUGGAAGUUCUUUCAUUUUAGCUGAAGAACAUUGUCUGCUUAUUUUUCCAUUAUAUCUGUCUGAGGACAAGAAAGAGUUAACGAACUCUUAUGUCCGGCCUAAAAAAAGCCCUGCCGCACACAAACAGACUGGACACAUAUAUCCAACAUUUACCGUGUAGUUUAUCAAAACUGUGAAACGGAACCGUGCUGUGUGCGCUCUGAAGCUCUGCUAUGAACACUGGCAAGCUAACUUCGCCUUAGCUACCUACCGAACUGUGAGAUUGUCGGGCUCGUCAACAGUAUCCACAAAACAGGAGCUCAUCAACUGAAGCAUUCAAAGACAGCAGGGGCUGCUGGGAUUCCAACAUCCCUUAUCAUCGUUGGGCCCUGAGAUGACAUCACAGCAGCCACAGGUUCCCAGUGCUGCCAUUCCUCACCACCUUGCUCACAACUCCUCUGCUCAGCAGGCCCGGCAUCACAUUCAGGCCCGGCCUCACAUUCAAGGCAAUCCGCUAGACUCAAGUCAGAGCAGUGCCAGCGCCAGGCCUCUGGAUCACAGAGCCCUGACUGGCAGGGCGGGCUGCUCCGGUGUUGCAGCAGCCAGCGGGGAGGUCGCCAGCAGAAACGUUUCGGCCUCCUGCACCAAGUCCAGCUUCUCCAGAAGAGAUGGAAGCUUGGAGCCAUGGCCUGAGGAAGCAGUGGACAACUCCCAUGGGCUCUACUCACUCCACCGCAUGUUUGACAUAGUUGGAGCACAGCUUACCCAUCGUGAUGUCAGGGUACUGUCAUUCCUGUUUGUUGACGUGAUUGAUGAGUAUGAGCGAGGUGGCAUCAGGAGUGGAAAAGAUUUCCUGCUGGCCCUUGAGCGCCAGGGUCGCUGUGAUGAGACCAACUUUCGACACGUUCUACAGCUUCUAAGGAUCAUCACACGCCAUGACCUUUUACCGUAUGUCACACUCCGGAAACGGCAGUCUGUGUGCCCGGACCCUGUGGACAAAUACCUGGAAGAGACAUCAGUGCGCUACAUUUCACCCAGAGGAGUGGUGCAGGGCAAGGACACUGCGCCUCACAGAAGAACAGGUCCUCAACCAGUCAUUUGCUGUUCCUCGUCAGGACCCCAUGUUGGCCCCCCCCAAACAAAGCCAGCUCCUCCUGUACCAAACCGCAAACGGAGGAGAAGUCAUUCCUCAGCUGACUGCCGAGAGAAGCAAACAUGUGAUAUCCGCCUUCGGGUUCGUGCUGAAUAUUGCCAGCAUGAGUCUGCACUUCAGGGCAACGUCUUCUCCAACAAGCAAGAGGCAGUGGAGCGCCAAUUUGAGCGUUUCAACCAGGCAAACACUAUCCUCAAAUCCCGAGACUUGGGUUCCAUCAUAUGUGACAUCAAGUUCUCUGAGCUCACCUAUUUGGAUGCCUUCUGGAGGGACUACAUCAACGGAUCAUUGCUAGAGGCCCUUAAAGGGGUCUUCAUCACAGAUUCCUUAAAACAGGCUGUUGGCCACGAAGCUAUAAAACUAUUGGUCAAUGUUGAUGAAGAAGACUACCAGGCUGGUCGGCGCAAACUACUUCGUAAUUUGGUGACAACUGGAGUUAGCCCAGCUGGAGCUAGCAAAGAUUCUGUAUCUUAGGCACACUCUCUAGGUGGAAGGGUGCGGCAGAACACUGCUGUGGCCCCCCCCACAGGGAGCUGCGUGAAAUGUGUUUGUAUCGUUUGAGGUGCCUGAAAGGAACUAAAGGACUUCUAGCCUCCCAUUCAAUUCCUUGAAAGCUUAGGUCAUAGGAUAUCAACUUGGCACUCCCGAGCGUAGCAUGCGAGGUGAUUGAGAACUGUUAGCUGAACUAGGUGCAUACAGUUUGACAUUAUUUUGAAUGUUACAUUUUUCAUUUUAUUUGAGGAGAAUACUCAUUCAUGCGUGCAUUGAAUUUAACUCAUUUUUUCCCUUGAACCUUAGCUCAUUGAAAUGUAUUUGUUACCUGAUAAUACUCGUGACAACCUGUUUAAAAAUCCAGUGUUGAUGUAAAUGACUCGGUGGGAGUUUACUUUAGGGUCAAACUGGUCGAUCUGCUGUCCAGCCGUUUCAGGUACUUAACAGAUUGGUUGGGUUAACCCCAAGGGAAGAGUGUUCUGUAUGUUAUCGAAAGGCACAUUAUGACUUACAUUUAGAUUUUCCUUUACUUUCCCAGGACUUAACACUUGUGUGUAAAGAUAAACCCUUAAGAGCUUUGGCUCCGAUUUGGUGUCACUGUCUACAUCCUUGUGUCUUUCAGAUUCUUUCAUAAACAACUUAACUUGUUACCAGCGGUUGUGAUUCUGACCUAAUGUGAAAUUUUGAUUGUUCAGUCAACCGAUAUUGAAACUUUGUGGAACAUUUUAAUUUUCUGAAUCCUAUCCAAUGAAAAAUGUAGUAAUUCAGUGUGUUCGACAUUUUUGGGGAUUUGCAAAUUGGUGCCAGUUUCAUUUUCAGCCUGCACCACACCUACUUGUCGUCUACGUGUUUACUCAUAUAACAGUGAACAUUUUUUAAAUAUUUAAACAGUAAAUAACACACUGAAAAAGCGGUAUGAGCAGGUGCAUCACUUCCUGGACCAGUUGCUGGUCUGCAGGCUGUUGGAGGAGGAGGUUUCUGCGUUAUGUCCUCCUCAUCCACACCGCUUCCCAAAAGAAACUGGAUACUUAUGGCUUUAAAACGGUCAGACAGCAUACGCCUCUCCAAUUUUGAGUGCUGAUCAUGUGCUGGUAGUGGAACAAAACAACUUUAACAUUAUUGUCUGAAAUGCAAAUCAACCAACAUUUGAAUAUAUUUUUAUUUCAUUUUGUUCUCCAUGGUUUAAGACAUUAGGUUUAUUGGGUGUCUAUGAAAGACAACUAAGAUAUUAAAAAGUGGUACAAUACAGAGAGUUGCACUUUAUUGGGGAACACCUUUUAGGUCUGCUGAUGAAUUCAUCCUAUACACCAAGGUAUUCACUAGCUUUAUCAGCAUUGAUGGGUUGAGCCCAGCUUCAAAGCUUCCCGUAUUAGAUCCUGCCCAGAGUGUUGCCGUGGGCCUUAUCAACAUCAUCCACACAUCUAGGAGCAAGCUGGCUGUGCAAGUGCAGAGCAAAUCUUUUCAUCAACAGUUUAUGAGAAAACUGUUUAUUUGGCCUGACAGUGAGACUGAAUACAGCUGAGUGAUAUGAGGGGCCAGUCUUCACACCAAAUACAAUUGUGCACCUGUAAUGUUUUUCCCUUUCAUCUUUCUGUUGUACUUUGUGGAUUAGAAAGAGGUUCGUACUCUAGGCUUUUUGUUCAUUGCAGGUGCACAGCCAACCUGCACUUUGUACUUCCGGUUUUGUGUUGGAAGUGCAACUUUGCCUUAAAGCGUCCUUCAACCUUAUUGCCAGAGAGUCGGUGAAGUAAUAACAAUGUCUAUAUCUCUAUGAUGGGAUGGAUUUUCCCUUCUCCUGCAUCAUAGUCAGACACACAGCUGCCUGAGUGUCAGCCUACCUUCACACUGACUAGAGGAACAGCACAGAGGACUCAGUGACGUACAGUAUGGCAAUCGUGAGUCAUGCAAUUUAAAAUUCUCCAAAUUGGAAAUGUAAUGUCAUUGCUGGUGAAGCAGGACAGGUUAUUACUUAAGGCAAAAACUAACUUUGUUUGGACGUGAUUAAUAUUAAUCAUAAAAUAUAAAAUAUUUAGAAAAUGCUGAAUUGUAACUUAUCUAUUACAGGCUUAAAUGUCAUUUAAGUAACAGCUGUUAAUUCCAAUGCCAGUCUCUAAUGCUUAUAUUUGAGAUCUUUCUUUCUAUCAGUGCCCAAUAGUCGACAUGCCAAAUAUUUUCUUCCUGCUAAAAAUGCCCUCUCUUAUCUGUGCUGGGUUCAUAUUAAAUCACGUCCUGUUUACAGGCUUCUAUUAAUGGGGAUUAUAGUCGGUCUACGUUUAAUCUUUUUACUCCAGUGGAAUUUCAUGUCGAGGUUGCAAGUUAAUAUCUAUUAUAUAGGUUGGUGUAUGUUCUGUUGAGUGAAUGUUCUGUUAAAUACAGCUCUCCUUCGUAAAAUUGCAUAUAACCUGUUAUGUUUAAAAAAUGUCAUAGAAACUCGCAGUGCUGAUAUUUUGUAAUUAACUUUAUUGGGUGUCCAUUUUUCUUACUUCAAUUUUGCAUUUCUUCAGAAAACAGACAAAUAGGUCCGUUUAAUAAAUGAAAUGGAUGGGUUUUGUUGAA